GGGCUUUUACGUUUCCAACUCAGUCGCAAAUGAGAGAGAGCAAAAGCAAGACCACGACCUCCGUUUUUUAUCACAACAAGCGCUAAAUAAAUGCAGAAAUUUCAAUAACCAGUGACCUCAAUCUCCAUUUCUUUCUCCAUCAAAGCUUAAAGCGCUUCCAUUUUUAAAAAAAGUUGCAGAGAGAGAGGAUUGAUCUUUACCAAAAGGGGUGAAACCUCCAUUGUUUUCUCCGAAAAGUAAAAAAGUUGCAGAGAUACCAACUUCUAGAAAGUCUAUUUCUUCCAGUCAAAAGGCCGAAAAAAUCCCACUAUUUCCUUUGAAAAUCCGAGGAUUGGAGAGAGGGAACCCCAAAACACAUACCUGCAUUUCUCUCAUCUAAAAGGAAAGAAACACAUUUUCUCCUCUCAUCUACAGCGAAAAGACCCCGUCUUUUCUUCCUCAAAGGAAGAAACUUGUAGAAAGAAGAAACCCCAAAAUCCACAUCUUCACUUCUGUCCUCUAAAGUUUAAAAACCUCCAUUUUUUCCUUCAAAAAGGCACAAGUUGCAGAAAGAGAGCCCCAAAACCUGACCCCAACUUAUCACCUUCAAAAGCACGAAUUAGAGAGAGAGAGAGAGAGAGAGAGAGAGAGAGAGAGAGAGAGAGAGAGAGAGAGCAUCAUCGAAAAAUGGGUACCAUCAAUGGUGGUCUCAAGCUUGUGGGAUUCAAAAACUUUGUACGAUCAAACCCUAAAACGGACCGCAUCCCCCCCACCAAAUUCCACCACAUCGAAUUCUGGUGCUCUGAUGCCACCAACACUUCCGGCCGCUUCCAGAACGCACUCUUGAUGCCAUUGAACGCGAAAUCCGACCUCUCGACCGGGAAUUCGGUGUAUUCGUCCUAUGUCCUGAGGUCCCAUGACCUGAUUUUUGCGUUCACGGCUCCCUAUCUGGUAAAUUUCUCCGGGAAUAUGUCCAGAAAUAUGCCACUCCCUUACUUCAAGCCUGCAGAGGCCCGCGAGUUCGGAGGCCAUGGGCUGGGAGUCCGGGCUGUCGGGCUUUUGGUUCCUGAUGCUUCUGAGGCCUUCCGGAAGAGCCUGGAAGGCGGGGCGAUUCCAGUAAAUGCGCCUGUCGAGCUCACCAGCCCCACGACCGCUGGAAAAAUGACAGUGGCCGAGAUCAAGCUCUAUGGCGACGUGGUCUUGCGAUUUGUGAGCUCGUCUAGUGAUUUUUCGGGUGCGUUCUUGCCAGGAUACGAGCCCGUGGGGCCCGCUAUUCCGGCAAAAAACCCCAAUUCUCCUGUGUUGGCACCUACUUGUGGCCUCUUGAGGCUUGACCAUGUGGUCGGAAACGUCCCCGAAUUAGCCCCGGCUCUGAAAUACAUAAAAAAUCUCACUGGUUUUCACGAGUAUGCUGAAUUUACUGCAGAGGAUGUUGGGACAGCGGAGAGCGGCCUGAAUUCGAUGGUUUUGGCGAACAACAAUGAGACGGUGCUGAUGCCGCUGAAUGAACCAGUGCACGGAACGAAGAGGAGAUCGCAAAUUCAGACAUAUUUGGAGUACAAUCAGGGGCCGGGGGUUCAGCAUUUGGCUCUGGUUUGCGAUAAUAUUUUUGAAACAUUGAGAGAGAUGAGGAAGAGAGGGAAAGAGGGGGGUUUGGAGUUCAUGCCGGGCCCUCCUCCGACCUAUUACAAGAAUUUGCCGGGGAGGGCGGGGGACGUGCUGACACAGGAGCAGAUGAAAUUGUGUGAGGAGUUGGAGGUGUUGGUUGAUAGGGAUGAGCAGGGUACCCUGCUCCAGAUAUUCACUAAGCCUCUUGGAGAUAGGCCCACCAUAUUCAUAGAGAUAAUCCAGAGGUUGGGCUGCAUGCUUAAGGAUGAGCAAGGCAAUGAUUACCAGAAACCAGCAUGUGGAGGUUUUGGAAAGGGAAACUUCUCUGAGCUCUUUAGGUCCAUUGAGGAGUAUGAGAAAAGCCUUGAAGCAGCAGCAACAAACAUUGCAACUGCAGCUUCUUAGAUACCUUCUCUCUCUAAAUUACUUUGGUUAAGGGUUAGAGAGAGAGAUACAUUACUGCCUUCUCUGUUAACAAGAGUUGAGUUGGGUAGCUGGGACUUAGUAGUUUUGAUUGUUCCUCCCUAUGAAUAAAUCAUUGAAAGUUUGAACUUCAGAUAAACAUUUGUACAAAAAUAAAAUGCUUCUAUUUAUUGGACAAUGUGGUGAUGUUUAUUCUA